AUGAUAUGGUUUUCGCGUGCGCGACGCACCAGACGGCGAAUGGUGUCGUGGUCCUCGCAGACUCCGUCGGAAAGCACGAUCUCCAGCUGCCACAGGUUCUCUGAUGCCGGUUUGGUAGCUGCAAACAGGUCGAGCGACGUUUCCACGAGUUUCCGCACAUCUGUGCGUGUUUGCUCGAACGUGAAGUUGCGGAACACUUUCGCUCCGGCCUCGGCGCUGAACUGCGACUCGAAUGGAUGCACCACAUUGGUAGUCUCUCCAAACUUCACCACAGACAGCUGGCCAGACUCCAAUUGGGUCAGGGCCUUAGAAACCAGCGCGAUCGACUGGAACGCGAUCUCGACUGCCUUGGACUCGGCCAUCGACUUUGAGUCGUCCACAGAAAUCAUGAUCUGGUACUGUCUCUUGUUAGGCUUUGUUCUGCGCAUCCAGAUCUUGUCCUUGCGGAACUGCGACGCGAUGUACGGGAUGAUCUUCUUCAUGUUGAGCCGUUUUCCGGUCUUGUAG